AGUAGCAAUCCUGGCUCAAUAUUUGUGCUGUUAGCUCCGAAGUCGAUUGUCAUCUCCCGCCGCUACCUCUGUCAGCAAUGAAGUUCGCUGGGCUGUUCUUGGUGGCCGUGCUCGCUGGCGUGGGCAGAGGGGCGAGCGUCGAUGAGAACCCGCUGGGCAAGGUCAUCGAGCUCAUGGACUCCCUGAUUGCGAAGGUGACGGCAGAUGGCGAGGCUGAGGACAAGGCUUUCACCGAGUACGUGGAGUGGUGCGACGACACCACCAAGACGCAGCAGAACGACAUCAAGGUCGCGGACGCCAAAAAGGCCAGCCUGGAGGCGACCAUUGCGAAGGCCACCGCCGACAUCGAGGCCUCCGAGGGCAAGAUCGGGGACCUUGCCGCCAAGGUGGCGCAGGCCGAGAGUGAGCUGAAGGAUUCCGCCCUGAUCCGGGAGAAGGAGGCCUCCGAUUUUUCCUCGGCGGAGGCGGAGCUGAUGGAGGCUCUCAGCGCGCUGACCCGAGCAAUCGGAGUCAUUGAGAAGGAAAUGGCCAAGAAUCCGGCCGCCUUCGUGCAGAUGGACACCUCCAGUGUCCAGGGCCUCAUCUCUGGCCUCUCUGCCGUGGUGGACGCGAGCGGCCUCGACUCGGCGGACAAGAAGACCCUCGUGGCCUUCGUCCAGGGCCAGCAGUCUGCGGACGACGCUGAUGACGCCGGGGCGCCCGACCCUGCGGCCUACAAGUCGCACAGCACGGGCAUCCUGGACGUGCUGGAGAAUCUGAAGGCCAAGGCGGAGGAGCAGCUGGCCGACCUUCGCAAGGCGGAGUCCAACUCCAAGCAGAACUACGCGCUCCUCAAACAGAGCCUCGAGGACCAGGCCGCUUACGACACGAAGGAGAUGAACGAGGAGAAGGCUUUCAAGUCAGAGACCGAGGAGGGGAAGGCUACCGCCUCUGGCGAGCUGAAGACCACGGCCGCGCUGCUCGCUGACACGCAAGCGUCGCUGGCAAGUGUACAGGCGGGUUGCAUGCAACUGGCGUCCGACCACGACGCCUCAGUUGCGAGCCGCACGACUGAGCUCAAGACGCUGGCCGAGGCGAAAAAGAUUCUGACGGAGACGAGCUCGGGCGCUGUGGAUCAGACGUAUUCCUUCCUGCAGCAGUCGCGCACCGCGUCGCAGCUGCGCACUCGGGCGGACCUGAAGGGCGCGGAGCUGGUCCAGUUCGUGCGCAGGCUGGCGAAGAAAGAGCACUCCGAGGCGCUCUCGCAGCUCGGCUCCCGCAUCUCCGCACUCAUGCAGUACGGCGCUUCCGCCGGCGAGGACCCCUUUGUCAAAGUCAAGUCGUUGAUCAGGGACAUGAUUGAGAAGCUCCAGGCCGAAGCCUCGGCCGCAGCAACGGAGAAGGCGUACUGUGACGAGCAGAUCGCCAAGACCGAGGCAAAGAAGUCCGAGCUCGAGGACGACGUCGCGAGCCUGACCUCCAAGAUCGACAGCAAGAGCGCCAGCUCCGCGCGGCUGAAGGAGGAGGUGAAGGCUCUGCAGGGGGAGCUCGCCGCGCUUGCCAAGGAGCAGGCCGAGCUCACCCAGGUUCGCUCCGACGAGCACUCGGCAUACACGAAGGCGAAGGCGGACCUCGAGCUGGGGCUCACGGGCGUGCGCAAGGCCCUGCAGGUCCUCCGCAAGUACUACCAUGGCGAUGGCGCGGCAAUGCUGCAGGCGAGCGAUGACCAGCCGGCCAAGCCCGUGUUCCACUCGAAGGCAUCUGGCGCGGGGGGCAGCAUCAUCGACAUCCUCCUGGUGGUGGAGUCCGAUUUCGCCAAGAAUCUGGCCGAGGAGGAGGAGACCGAGAGCGACGCGGCCGCGGCCUACGAGAAGAGGACGCAGGAGGUCAAGGUGUCCACCGCCAUGAAGAGCCAGAGCGUGACGUACAAAGUCCAGGAGUUCAAGGGCCUGGACAAGGACGUGGACGAGCUGUCCUCCGACCGCGCCUCCACCAACGCCGAGCUCGCCUCCGUCCUCGAGUAUUUCGGUAAGGUGAAGGAACGCUGCAUCGCCAAGCCGGAGACCUACGAGGAGCGGGCGUCGCGCCGCCAGCGCGAGAUAAAGGGCCUCAAAGAAGCCCUGGCGAUCCUGAGCGAUGAGGCCGCACCGGCGCUCCUGCAGGCCCGAGGGGUGCGCGGCGCUCGCCGCCAGGCCGUGCUCGCCGCGUGAGGCGCGGCGCUCGCUCGCCCUUAGCGCGGAGCGAGAAGGACCCGUGGACGGGCCGGCCCGCUGGGGCUCAGACGCGUCAUCGUGCAGGCGCGGCCGCCCCUCCCUCCGUCUCGGGCCUCCGUCGUCGUGCGUGCGCUCCCAG